UAAGGUUAUCAUUUGAAAUUUCUCCGUUUCUCUGCGUUAUAUAUACGCUACGCAUAUAUAUAUAUAUAUAUAUAUAGCUCUGCCCCCACUAUCCCUACCAUCUCAAUAUAGUCAAUUAAAUUAAAGCAUCAUUCGAAUCUCUCAGUUCAACUACGUACCCCACCCUUCAUGGAAUCCUCGAACAAUAACAUCGACCCCAUCAGGCCACCUGUCCCUCGCCCACGCCGCGGGCCACCCACCAGGGCCAGGCGUGUCGUAAGCUGCCUGACUCUGUCCGCCGUCAUGCUCUUCAUCCUUUGCAGCGCUGUCGGCCUCGUCACCUGGCUCUUCCUCCGCCCUCGCCUCCCCGCUUUCCGCGUCCAGUCUUUCUCCAUCUCGGGCUUCAACCUGUCCGCUGCGCAGAUCGCCGGCAAAUACCAUCUCGAACUCGGCGUAACGAACCUGAACCCGAAGAUAGACCUAUCGUUCGACCAUUUCAGCUCGUCCGUGGUGUACAGGGGCGUGUCCCUGCACUUGCAGAUUCUCGGGAACCAGGAGGCAGAGCUCGAGCUCGAGAUGGACACCGGCCGGCUGAAGGAUAAGGCGAGGAAGAGGAUCGUCGGGAACUUGAUUGGGGAAUGGAGUAAAGGCGUCGUCAUCUUGGACGUGAAAAUGACAGUGUGGGCGAAUUUCAGGGCCGUGCGUUGGCUGACCAAGCAGAAAGUGCUCACCGUUGCAUGUAAGAAUCUGAACGUCGAGUUCGUAUCGGACACGUGGAAGCUCCAGGAGGGACGCAACAACGCUUUGUAUAGUCGAUUUCGACUCGUCUAAUUUCGCAUGAAUUGUGCUCGAUCGAGCCCUUGAUGUAAAGGAAACACGUUAUAGCAAUAAUAUUUAGCUACUGUGGACACAUUACAUUGUCUAAAAUACCCCGUUUCGGAUGGUGUAGAGUAAACUUUUUUUUUUUUUUUUUUUGCUUGUUAUAGCAAUAAUAAUAGCUACUGUGGUAAAUUAGAUAUUAA